AUGGAGUCUGAUAAUCCGAAUGGGUACAAGCGUAGCUCGAUGCACCAGGCCUUCUACAGCCGCCCCGUGGAACGACGACCCAGCAAGAAAUCAUCCUCCCGGGAUCGCCAUGGCAUGGUCUACCCAGACAAUUUCCGUGACACGAGUAUUCGCACUGUGACCCCGGAGUCUCAAUCCCCCUUGUCCGACGCAGAGUAUCUCACUGGCAACAGUGCGAGCGCGCCGUCACCACGGACCACCAUGCGAUCAAGGACAGUUGACCGAAGCGAAGAAGAGACGCUCACAGAAGCCAGGAGUCAACGCACACGAUCACGAACAACAACUCUAGAGGAGCAAAGGGGAGACAUGGCGCCGAGUACUUUCAAGGCACGAACGCGGAUCGGAUCGGUCAAUGCGGCCAGCUCGUCUCAGCCCAAGAUGGUGGAUACCAAGGUCGCUGAGGAAUCCGCAAGUUCAAUCGGUUUCCCUUCAAUACACUCGCCUAAUUACGUUGGUCAGGCCGUCACACGUCAACGACUUAGCAGAUCCCAGGGGUCCGGCUUGACAAGCGCUGUCGCACACAACCAAGCCGCCUUUGCCUCGCCCCUAUCGAAUACCGAUGCCGCCAAAAUCCUACAAUUGAUGAAAACAACUUGCGGCCGAAUGCACGGAAUCCUCUCUUUUCGAACGGCGACAAACAACUCAUGGUCGGCGAGUCAAUGGACAUCGGGUUAUUGCGCCAUCAACGUUGCUACAGGUAGUCUGAUAUAUCAAGCCAAGGGCGAGCCAGCGCUGGCAAAGACAUUGAUACCAGAUUUACGUGGGUGUCGCGUUCGCACGUUGUUCGACGCAGAGUUGCAAACCACUUACUUGAGUGUCAACACCUUUACCUCCGGUCUCGGAAUUCAAUUACGACCCCACGUGAACGAGACAUUCGACUCUUGGCUAGCGGCAUUGCUUUGUUGGCAGCCCAUCCGACCAAAGGGUGUUCAAAAUAAGAUGACCAAACCCCAAGCCGUUGUCAUUGGCGAUCGCCGUAUUCCCGAGCGUCGACGAAACUCGGAGAGUGCUGCACAGAAGGAUGCAGCCAUUAUCAAGGUUGGAAAGAUGCUUCUGUGGGAUAAGCCCUCGGCAUCUGGAGCCCGUCCUGCUUCAGUCCGUCGAGUAUCUACAUAUCGACAAUCCAGGGCCCUGAACUCUUCAUGGCAGCGGGUAAGCUGUACAUUGCAGGAGAACGGUUUCUUCAAGCUUUAUACCGAGUCAGACGUCACCCUUGUGGCAACAGUCCAGCUCUCUCAACUAUCGAGGUGUUCAAUCCAGCAAUUGGACUCGUCAGUAUUGGAUGAUGAGUUUUGUAUUGCGAUUUACCCGCAGUAUACGGCACACCCCGUUCCCGACCCUGGGAUGCGUCCUAUAUACCUUGCUCUCGAGAGCCGCGUUAUUUUUGAGGUCUGGUUUGUGCUAUUGCGUGCAUUUACCAUCCCGGAGCUUUACGGCCCCGAGGCACCCGACAACGAAGAGGAUCCCAACAAGACCCCAGAGGCCCAGUCCCCUACACACCAUACCCAUGACAUGUUCCGAAUCGAGCGUAUCCUUAACCUCAGAGUUACAGAAGCGAAACUUUUCCGAGCCAAAGGAGAAGAAACUCCUCGCAGUCGAAAAAUGUCCAGGUCGCAUGGCCACUCCGCCCCAUCGCCACCCAAAAUCAGCGACUACUAUACAGAGGUGCUUCUGGAUGGAGAAAUUCGCGCCAAGACAGCCGUCAAAUAUCGUACCACGAAUCCAUUCUGGCGCGAGGACUUCACAUUCAACGACCUGCCGCCUGUCCUCUCUCAAGCCUCUAUCCUAGUGAAAACCCUCAACCCCACGCAAAGAGAUUGGACCUUAAUCGCGCAUGGGACAUAUUCCAGCCAAGAUGGCAAUGCAGCCAAUAUGCUGGACGAGAUCGAGAUCUCCACCAACGACGCAAUCUUUGGGCGAGUUGACCUGCGCCUUGAGGAGCUAGAUCCUGGCGUAGAUACAGAGAAGUGGUGGCCCAUCUUGGACGAUCAGGAUCAGGCUGUUGGAGAGAUGUUCAUGAAAGCCCGAAUGGAGGAAACGGUCGUCUUGAUGUCCGAAGAAUACGCGCAGAUGCACGAUCUACUCCACGCCUUCACCAACGGUCUGACAAUCAACAUGGCUCAGGUCAUGUCAUCCGAAUUGACUCAGCUGUCCGAAAUGCUCUUGAACAUCUUCCAGGUCUCCGGCGCAACCGUGGAUUGGAUUUCUGCGUUGGUCGAAGACGAAAUUGAUGGUGUUCACAAGGAAUCCACUGCGAACCGUCUGCGCUAUACGACAAGGAUCCAUUCUAAUGACUCUCGCGAGUCUGGUCACGACCGGGAGAUUCUCGUGAGAGAUAUGGGACGAACGGCCACCGUUGAAGCGAAUUUGUUGUUCCGUGGAAAUUCACUUCUCACCAAGGCCCUCGAUCUGCACAUGCGUCGACUUGGCAAGGAGUACCUGGAAGAGACCAUCGGAGAACGAAUUCGGGAAAUCGAUGAGAGCGAUCCAGAGUGCGAGGUGGAUCCGGCUCGUGUGCCACGCACAGAAGACCUCGAUCGCAACUGGCGCAACCUGAUUUCGCUUACUACCGGUGUGUGGAAGUCAAUCGCAAUGUCCGUUUCUCGCUGUCCUCCCGAGCUGCGGCGCAUUUUCCGGCACGUUAGAGCUUGCGCAGAGGAUCGUUACGGUGAUUUCCUCCGCUCUGUGACAUACAGCAGUGUUUCUGGCUUCUUGUUUCUGCGGUUCUUUUGCCCGGCUAUCCUGAACCCGAAGCUGUUCGGGCUGUUGAAAGACCACCCUCGUCCUCGGGCUCAACGCACUCUAACGCUCAUUGCCAAGGCUCUUCAAGGAUUGGCUAACAUGACAACAUUCGGCAACAAAGAGCCGUGGAUGGAGCCAAUGAAUAAGUUCCUAGUCGGUAACCGCUCCGAUUUCAAGACAUUCGUCGACCAAAUCUGCAACAUCUCAGCAGAGCGACCGGCUGCUAUGAUCACGCCUUCCUAUACCACCCCUCUCCAGAUUCUUGGGCGCCUGCCAGCUACCUCCCGCGAGGGCUUCCCCAGUCUUCCGUUCCUGAUCGAUAUUGCCCGUUGCUUUGCGAACUUGAUUCGUAUCUGGUUGGAAGUGGUUCCAGAGCGAUUGUCCGAGCUUGAGGAAGUGGACCCCUUCCUGUCCAAGUUCCAUCAGUUGGCCAUGCAGCUGCAGGAACGCACCGAGGAUUGCCUUGAUGAGGCUGAGCAGGCGGAACGGCCGAGUGGGAACCUGGAGGUCAAAUGGGAGGAAUUGGUGGACUCUAUGGAGCGAACAGUGACCUUCUACGAUGAGACUUCAAGUAAACCUGCCACUCCAGCUCCAGACCCAUCACUCGCAACCAGCAACCUGCCAGUCUCCUCAUCCUCUGCAUCGAACACUCCCGGCCAUCGCGGUUCAAUUGGCUUCUUCGCCACUCGUCCGACCAUGCCCCGUCGUUCGACCGAUAACCCACCAGAUAACGCGGAUGACACGCCGCCCAGCUCAUCCUCGGCAACUUGGGACCAGUCUCGCGUGCCAUUCAGCAUUCCUCGGUGGUCCGAUCCUCGUGAUAGCACCGGCAGUUCCAAAAACUCGUCGACCUACUCUCUUGAAUUCUCGGAGACCGCCAAGGCCCGCAGGUCCAGUGUCACUAAAGAGUCUUCUAGCAAAUACCGCUUCUUCGACUUUGUUCCUGCGCCGUCACGUCGGAAGAAGGACCGAGAUCAGUCUCAGCAUCACUCGCAGGAGGAUCUCCGGAACGAGUUCUAA